CUGCAGUGGCAACUCCUUUCUGCUCGGCUGCAUCUGCUCGCUCCUGAGGGGCUCUCAAACGCUCGAGGUCACCCUGAGCCGGUCUGCAUAGGAAUGAACGACUCCAAGACCCGACUGCAGAGUGGAAAGUGGGAACCAACAGCAGCCGAAGCUACCUGGCCUCCGAUUGGUCCUCAUGGCGCUACAAGUAACGCCCUCUUCGGUUGGACAGCAGAUGGCAGCUCAUGCCAACCAGGAAGCGUUCCUGCCUGCACACACAAGUGCUGUGCUUACGUCAUCAUCAUCAUCAGCAGCAGCAGCAUCAGCAGCAGCAGCAGGAGGAGGAGGAGGAGCCCCUCCGAGCCUGAGUUUCUGCAACAGGGAUGAACUGAGGAGAAACAACAACCUGACGCGAAACUCAAAAACAUUUCUGCAUGUGGGUUAGGGCGCCAAUGUCGAGCUGAGAGACGACGCCGGGUACCUGCAGGACAAGCGGCAUGGCUGCGCCGCACCACUCCAGAGACUCUCCUCGUGACAUUGCCAAUGUGAUGCAGAGACUGCAAGACGAGCAGGAGUCUGUGCAGAAGAGGACGUUCACCAAAUGGAUCAAUUCUCACUUGGCCAAGCGUGUUCCACCUCUCGUCGUGACCGAUCUGUUUGAGGAUAUCAAGGAUGGGGUGAAGCUGCUCGCCCUGCUGGAGGUCCUCUCCGGCCAAAAAUUGCCAUGUGAGCAGAGCAGGAAGCUAAAGAGGAUCCACUGGGUAGCAAACAUCGGCACCGCUCUCAACUUCCUCCAGGGCAGGAAGUCUGCCUACAGGGGAUCACCGAUCAAGCUGGUGAACAUCAACUCAACAGAUAUCGUUGACGGUCGACCGUCAAUUGUGUUGGGUUUGGUGUGGACUAUUAUCCUCUAUUUCCAGAUCGAGGAGCUGACUUGCGGUCUCCCAGAAAUCCAGCCCCCGUCAGGCAGCUCUUCCUCACUGAACGGCUCCGCCAGCAGCGCCGACAACGCCAGCCCACCCGUCAAGAGGAAGCCCCUGCCCCCCGUACAGGGCAGCGCUAGGAAGGCCCUCCUCAGAUGGGUCCAACAGACAGCCACCAAGCGUCUGGGAAUCGAGGUGAAAGACUUUGGUCCCAGUUGGCGAACGGGUUUAGCCUUCCUUGCCAUCAUCCAUGCCCUUCAGCCCAAUCUGGUGGACAUGGAGCGUUCAAGAAAGAACCGCAACCGGGAAAAUCUGCAGGAAGCUUUUCUGUUAGCUGAAACACAAUUGGGCAUCGCACAACUCCUCGACCCUGAGGACGUGGACGUGGACAAGCCGGACGAGAAAUCCAUCAUGACAUACGUGGCCCAGUUCCUGAAGCAUCAUCCUGACGGAGAGCGUGGCACCUCAGAGGGACGAGCGGCAGAAGAAGAAGAGGUGGAGGAGGCGCCUGUCCCGCGGCGUGAGCUCCUCGCUCCUCGUGAUAUCGAGGAAAUGCUGGAGAGAGAGCAGCGAAAGAGCCUGAGGGAGUUUAAAAUGUGGCUGGACCAGCUGGAGAGAGACACGCAACAAGCCCAGGAGACUGAGGGUGAUCUCGCUCUGCAGUACCAGUUAUUCAAGAGUCUGCGCGUGCAGCUGGAAAUGCGGAGGAAGCACAUGGAGGAUUGCUUAAAGUCCACGCAGAAGGACGGAAUGCUGACAGUAGAUCAGGCUCUGGUCAAACAAGGUUGGGAAAGGGUCUCCAACAGGCUCCUGGACUGGCAUCUGCUGCUGGACACGUCGCUUCCCGCUCCUUUGGAUGUACUCGGGGCUUGGCUGCACCACACCGAAGGCGCCCUGCGCCAAGAUGGCAGUGCUCAGCAAGCCGACCAAACCGUCAGCAAAGCCUUGCAACGACACAAGGAUGUGUUGAAGAGCCUCGAGGGUCACCAGCAGCUCUUCCAGAGGAUCCAUAAGGACAGAAGUAUCGAGGGCGUCUCUGUGCCCCCUGAACAGCUACAAGACAUGGCCGAGAGGUUGAAUUUCAUCUCCACAUCCAGCAGCAUCCAGCUGGCAAAGUUGGAAUUCCUGGAGCACAAACAUCGCAUGGAGGCCUUUCUCACAGAAGCGGAAUCGAAGCUCAAAUCCUGGAUUGUCAAAUACGGCCGACAAGAGUGUGUGGAACAGAUGCUACGCGAUUAUGUCUUUUUCGUGGAGAAGCAGUAUUUCUUUGAAAAUUACAAAACCUUGUACCAGGCAUUGAAAAGUGCUGGGGAGGUUUACAUCAGCGCUGACAGCUCAGCCGACGAGGGCAUGACGGGGGUGUCCCGGCUAGUGCGGGAUGUGGCGGCCCAGUGGAGGAGCCUCUCCGUGGAGGUGCGCAGCGUGAGGAGCAUGCUGGAGGAGGUCCUGUCCAACUGGGAUCGCUACAUCUCCACGGUGGCUUCUUUCCAAACCUGGCUGGAGGACGCAGAGGAAGCCCUGAAACAACCGCAAAACACAAAGCAGGAGUUUUUCAGGAAUCUCAGCUACUGGAUGGAUCAGCACGCCGCCAUUAACGACGCAGGGAAUUUUCUUAUCGAGACGUGUUGCGAGACUGUGUCGUAUGAGCUCAAGCAGCAGCUGCUUCUUCUGAAUGGGCGCUGGAGAGAGCUUUUCCUGACGGUGAAACAGCAUGGCCAAGUUGACGAGUUGGAAAAGUGGCGAAAAGACCAUCUAAAGGCGAUGUCGACUUUGACAGAACUUUUGGAUACGGCAGAGGCCAGGCUCAGCGCUCCGGUCCAAGUGUCUUUCCUCGGUGUCCGAGCCUUUAUGCAAGAUGUGGAGAAUACCAAGCAAAAGUUUGUCGCCAUGGAGACGCAGUACAAGCUGGCCGGCCGCAGCGCUCAUCUCCUCGCCAAGGACGCGCCGCCCGACGAGGCCGCCCGAGUCGUCGCUGCCGUUACAAAAGCGAAGAGUCAGUUGAGUCGGGUGAGAGAGCGCUGUCCCGUCUUAGUAAGGGAAUGCCAUGCCCUUCUCCCUUUGCUGGACGAGAUGGAGGAACACAUCUCUGUCUUUUAUCAAGCUCUGGAGCGGGCCGGUCGUAUUACUGCCAGAGACGCAGACACACUGAGCCCGACGCUGCACAGACACAAGUGGCAGGACUUGUUGAACCAGCAGCAGAGUUGCAAACGAUGUCUGGCGGUGAUCGAGAGGAACCACAACACGGUGCAGAGGGCGCUCUCCGACAGCAAGGCGCUUCGAAACUUGGACACCAGCCUGCUGCAGAAGACGACGGCCGAAGUGCAAAGCUCGGCACAGACUCUGCUGAAGGAGGUCGGGGAGUGGAGGAGGCGGGAAGAGGCCAACAACUGUUUGAGGAGGAGGUUCGAGGAGUCCAGACAGGAUUUGGAGGCAGUGCUGAAGAGAGCGCAGGACUGCUUGGGAGAGUCGGGGGAUGCCAAGGAAUUACUGAAGAAGCACACGGAUUUUUUCAGCCAACUGGACCAGCGCGUGCUGAGCGUCUUCCUGAAGGCGUGUGACGAGCUGACUGACAUCCUACCAGAAGAGGAGCAACGGGGGCUGCAGGAAACAGUCCGCAAGCUGCACAAACACUGGAAGGCCAUCCAAGGCGAGGUACCAUCUCACCUGCUGCGUCUAAAGGUAGCAGUGGAGCAGUGUCAAAUAGAUGUCGUCCUCCAAGAGUGCAGAUCGGAGCUGGACAGAGAACUCCGCCUCUUAUCUGACUCUUCCACCAGCGAGCAUGUGAUCGAAGAGCACCGAAUGUUCUUCAGAGAACGCAAACCUCUGGUUGCGUGUGAGAAGCGAAUUAGGAACAUGGAGGAUCUGUGUCAGAAGUUGCCCGACAAUGACGCGGCUUAUCGGAGGCUGGAUUCCACUCGGAGGGCUGUGGAGGACAUCGCCGAGCACAUCAGGAGCACCGGCGUCCAACUGGAGAAGCAGCCUGAUAAGUGGAAAGAGUGGAAUGAUAGAUUUUGUGAGCUGUCCGACUGGCUUUCAUCUCAGAGGAGACACCUCAAGGAGACGGCAAGAUCUUCCACACAUCGGGGGGAAGUUGAUGCCACUGUGCAAGCACUGCGAGAAGCAGGAGACGCCCGAGAGGAGAGCCUCUUAUGGCUUAAGAGUCGUCUCUCAAGCCUGACUGAUGUGAGCUCUGAAGUGGAGACGCAAAGACAACAAAGCGCCCUGAACAAACUCUCGGCUGACUUUAAGGAGCUGUUGUCCUCGCUGUAUCAGGGAGGCGGCGAGGGCUCGGGUGCAUUCUUGUUCGAGGAGCUCAGAGAGGAAGUGCGCGGAGCUCUGGAGGAGAUCCUGAGAGCUGGGAAGGAAGCCGGAGAGCAGAUCAGCAGGAUUUUGGAUGCUGAGGACCUCAGCGAAGCCCAGGAGCUAUUUCUUAUCCAUCAGCAACACCUAAAACAACUCCAGGCUCUCAGGAGGGAAGCGGACCUUUUGGUGUCCCACUCUGAGCAGCUCCACGCGGGAGGGGCGCUGAGUCGCUCCGUGCACGAGCUGGAGGAACGAGUCCGAGAAGCGGACGGCCAGUUCAGCGCCAAGGAGCUCAGCCUGCAGGCCACUCUGAGCUCCUGGCGGAACUUUGAAACCGACUGGGAAACACUUCAAGUGUCUCUUAGUGACAUUACCAUUGAGCUCCACAGAGAGCUUGUAUUCAACAACCUGGACAGCGCGAGGAGUGAACUGGACCACACCAAGGAGCUUUUCAUAAAGCUCGAAGACUGCUGCGUGAGAGCAGACGUCCUCCUCGAGGAGGCGGCGGAGCUUCAGCUCGGGGCGAAGAAUCAAAUUGCCGUUCUCCAUCAGGCCCAGUCCACCAGGGAAGCAGUCAAGCAGCUUCAAGACCACCUCAACAAAAACGUUGCCCAACUGGAGAGGAUGUGCUCGUCAUGGGAGCGCUGUAACGACCAAUCUGUGACCUUUUCCGCAUGGAUCAAUGAAAACCAGAGAGCACUCGAUGCCAUCAAGCUCACCUCACCUUCAGAUCACUUGGACAAACACAUUGCCACUGUCGAGGCUGUGGCAGAAGGUUUAGAAGCGAGAAGCCCGUCGCUACUCCGGAUGGAGGAGGACUUCGAGGCACUGUUCAGGUUUAUGACCCCUGGAGAGUCCGGGUGCAUUCGAGCACGGCUCAUCCAGAUGAGGCGCUCCUGGCAAGAACUGAUGGAGAAAACCGAGCAGCUUUCAGGGCAGCUCAACCAGAGCGCCUCCUAUCGUCAGAGGUGCAGCGAUAACCUGGAGCAGGUCAAGAAAACGAUGCAUGAUCUCAAAGAGAAACUCGACGCUUCUGUUGCGCUUUGCUCGUCGUCUUCGCAGACAUACACGAACCUACAGAGCCACAUGGAAGUCUGCCAGUCAGUGGAGCAGCUGAAGCCCAGACUGAUGACGUUGUGUUCCGCUUUGAGGAGGCUGGGAGAAAGCGCCAAGGUGGAGCAAGAGGUGCCUCACCUCCACGAGCUGCAAAGAGAGUUACUGGAAAAGGCCAGAGACAAACAAUCAACAUUCGAAAGCCUUUUAACCCUCUGGCAAAGAUUUGAAAAGGAAAUUUCCUCCAUGAAAAGCUGGCUGGAUGAUUGCGAGUCCGUGUGUGAUCCAGCUGAGGAUUUGCUCUGUGCUGACAAGGUGAAGCUCACGAUGGAGCUACAGCGCAUCCAGGAGAUACAGACUGAAACCCCCUCCAAUGACGCCCUACUUGAGGGCCUGUUACAUAUCGUGUCGUGCCUCUAUCCAUCUGCACCCGAAGCUCGUGUCCAAGAACUGAAAGACGAGCUCACCCAACUUCAGGAGAGAUACGUCUCAUUGAAGAGCAACAUCACACACAGGCGCGAGCGGCUGCAGUGUCAGUUGUCGCAGCUGGAGCUUUUCGACGAAGCUCUUUUGACACUGAGCCAAAAGAGUGAGCACUUCCCGUCUGUCAUGAGAAGUUCCCUUCAGAUUGAUGUAGCUGAUCUCGAUAGUGCCUUCACAGAGCUCAAGGAGCUCGAGUCUCAGUUAAAGGCUUGCUCUUCAUUAAGAGAGGCUCUCCAACAAAGAGAGUCUGCCCUGCUUCCACACUCUAGCCCAGAAGCUCGGCAGCAGCUCCAAGCCUGGCGAGAAGGGUGCCUACAACCCUUCACUGAGUGCGAACGUCUAUUGCAUCUCCGUAAAAAGUGUCUGAGCGAAUUCAAGUCCUACCGAGAGAAGCGCGAAGCAGUGGCCCGGGCUGCUCGCAGGCUUCACGAGGCCCUGCCGAAGAAAGGGGACUGGGAUCCAUCCAAAGCAGAAGAACUCCACCGCAUGGUAGGGGAGGUUGCAAGGGACGUGGCCCAGCUUGAGGCCGAGGCCACCGGGUUGGACGGGCAUCUGAGCAAAGCCCACCUUCACCUGUGUGCCUCCGAAGACUUAGGCGGAAGGACCUCUUGCAGGGCUCAGACAAUGGCCCUCGUCGCGUCGCUGGAGGAGGCACAGAGCACUUUGGGAUGGAGGCAGAGGGAAGUGGAAGCCCUCAGAGUUAUGUGGAAGUCCUUUAAGGAGAAGAAGGUGGAGGUGAUGAAGAAUUUGGAGUCAUUGCAGUGUAAAGUGAGCCAGGAGGUGGUCAAAGAGACCUCUGUGCAAGCAUUUCAAAACAGGCUGUGUUACUUGACCCAGCUGGAGGAUGAGCUUCAGUCCCUCCAUCAGUCCCAGCAGUGGUUAGAGGAGAAGGGAAGACAGCUGGCCCAGAAAGACAGCGAGCAGGCAGGGGAGGCCCUCAGAGAUGUGAAUGUGGUCAAGGCUGCCUUGGACUAUGUCAGCACUCUCAUCACCAAAAGUCGGGAACAGAGUCAAGGGGUACUCCAUCUUUUGCGCCAUUACCAUCACAUGAGGUCUAUCCUCAAUGCUUCGGUGGAGAAAGCCAAGGCGUUCGCUCACAACCUGCCCGAUCACAACCACAAUGCUCAGGAGGCCAUGAGGUCCUUCUCGCUGCAUGAGAAGCUGCUAGGUGAGCUCAGAGAAAAGCAGGAGGACAUGGAGCAGCUCAUCAGCACGGCGGAGGAACUUCUGAGAGAACUGGAUCGCAUUCCUGACUGUGACGCAAUCCUCAUCCACAGAGACAUGGAGGCGUUCAGGACCCAGUGGUUCGAGACGUCCGAGAGAAUUCAAACUAACACCGAAAGAUUAGGCUACUGUGUGACCCUCUGGGAUGAUCUCAAACUGAUGGAGCAGGACAUGAACCAAUGGACCACCGCCAGCUCCAUGGCCGAACUCACCGACAUUGUCGGCGACCUGAGUGACAAGGACACAGAGGCCCGCCUCGUCGCUCUUCAGGCUGAAAUGGAGAAGAGAAAGCAGUCGCUGGACGCUCUGCAGGAGAGAGUGGGGGAACUGAAGGAGCACGCUAAACUGGAGGAAAUUCCCUUACAAAUGCAGGUUUUGGAGUCCGAUCUGAGGAAGAAGUUGGUCCACAUCCAGGAGGUGUUCACCCAGACCAAACGCACUCUGAACGACUUCACAUUCCAGAAGCAGCGACUGCACGACCUCAUGUCCCGGAUGACCGAGAGGCUCGAAAAAGUCGAGGAUUCCUUGUCGAGUCUCAAUGAGGACUCCUCCCCUGAAGACAUUUCUGCUAUUAAGGGUCUUCAGGAUGUUGUCGAGCAGCAGAGGGCAGACAUGGACUCAGCCCGAGAGUCUCUGAGCACCUUAAACAGGUCACAUCCCACUCCGGAGCUCUCGCGUCUCUCCGCCGACUUCACAGUUGUCGCCCAGCGCACCGAAGCUGUCACCCAGCGUUGCUCCAAGGCCAGGGGCAACCUCCAGGACGUACUGCACCUCCACUUGAACCAGCUUUUCCAAGAAUUCCAUUCCUGGCUCUCGGGAUUGAAGAUGGAGUUGAACGAAUGCUCAAAUCGGUCAGGAGACAUUUGCAACCUCACAGCAAAGUUGCAAAAACUCGAGUCCUCAGCACAGUGGAAUUCAGAGGGUGAGAAGCGUCUCUCUCAGGUUAGUGAGGAGGCAGAGAGGCUCCGCCUCCACCUGCCAAAAGCUGCAGCAACUCAGCUGCAGGAGCACUUGUCCUGCUGCCAGCGAGAGUGGAAGAGCUUCCUGGAUGAAUGUUCCCAGAGCCAACAAGCUCUGGGGGACAGCAUUCGUCUCCUCAAAAGUUUUGAUGAUGCCGUAGGAGGUGUCAGGGAAUGGCUUAAGCAGAUGGGGCUCGGCCUCAACAGGGAGCCUCUUGUUGUGGCAGACAGCCAACAAGGUGCCCCUGACACCAAAGAGGAACUGGAGAGGGUGGAAAACCUCCAUAAGGAGCUUUUAGAGAGACGAGACUGUAUUGAGCGUGUCAUCCAGGACGCCCGGUGCUUGUCCGAAGCAGGACGCGGGUCAGGCGAAGAGGUCCGAGCGGCGGGCAGACUCCAGAUGGAGCACCAGGCUCUGCUCAAAGCCGCCAGGGGGAAGCGCCGAGGCUGCCAGGAGAACCAGGCCUUUGGGGAGACCUUGCAGGGCGUGUGGGCCUGGUUAGAGGAAAUCCAGGAGAAGCUGGGCACGGUUGAUAGCACCAUGGGCACCAAAGAGCAGUUGGAGCAGAGACUGGAGUCUGUGCAGGAUAUCCUGCUUUUGAAAGGCGAGGGCGAGGUCAAACUGAAUAUGGCGAUGGGUAAGGGCGAGAUAGCUAUGCGCAGCUACGGCGCCCCCGGACAGGAAGUGGUGCGCUCGCAACUCCGGGAGGUGGGGGACGCCUGGGCCACGCUUCUUGUGACGGCCAUGAGCUGCCACAGUCGUCUUGAGUGGACGGUGUCCCAGUGGGCCGGCUACCUGGAAGACACAUCCCAGCUCAGGCGCUGGAUGGAGGCCGUGGAGCAGGAAGUGCGCGCCUCCCUCGCCCCGCAGCUAGGGCCCAGAGAAAAGGCGGCGCAGUUGGAGAGACUGCGUGCCCUGCUGGCCGACAUGGCAGACCACCAGUUGGCCUUGUCCAGCCUGGAGGAAAAAGCCAGAGAGCUCUUUAAGAAAACCGGCGACGUCGGUUUUAAUCACGGUGCUCGAACACAGCUGCAGGUGCAAUUCGAUGAGCUGGCAGGUUUGGUGGAGGAGAAAGUACGUCUGGCACAGAGCGUGGUGCUGGAACACCAGGAAUACUUGGAGGCUGUCCGGGAGCUCACUGAUUGGCUGAUGACCGCGGGGGAGGAGCUACAGCAUUGGUCCGGAACGUCGGGAGACUCUGCCUCUAUCCAGAAGAAGCUACACAAAGUGAGGGAGCGCGUAGAGUGCCGCCUCCUAGAAGGCCGCGAGCGCCUCGGCGCCGUGCGACGGGCCUCCACGUCGGUGGCGGAGCACACGGCAGCGGGGGGCUGCGAGGCCAUGGACCGGCAGCUGGGGGCGCUGUCCCAGGCGCUGGAGCAAUGGGAGGGCGCCGCCCUGAGGGCCAGGGACGGCCUGGAGGGUGCACUCGCCUCCGCCGCCGCCUCCGAGGAAGAGUGCGAGCGUCGGACGACUCGGCUGGAUGACGAUUCGAAAGAGCUGGACGCCCGACUCAGGGGGUGGAGCCAGGAGCUGAUGAGAGCCGAGGGACUGUGCAAUGGCGAGGAAGCGGUGACAGGAUGGCAGCUGGCGAAGGACGUACUGGAGGGCCUGCAAAGCGUCGAGCCAAUGGCAGAGAAGUUGAAGGGUCAACUGAACGAACUGGUGCAGUACUCCAGAGACUUGGGCUCGCAGUCGGAGCACGUCACGGCUGUCAUCAAGCAACACAACAGUCUCAGUCUCCGCGCAUCCAGGGAGUGCCAAAAUAAAGAACGGCUGUUGGAGCAACGCUUCCGUGCCGCCCUGCGAGACUUUCAGCAGUGGCUGGUCAACGCGAAGAUCUGCACCGCCAAAUGCUUCGAUGCGCCGCAGAGUGUGGCAGAGGCCUCCGCCGCCCUGCAAAGAAUACAAGAGUUCUUGAGUGACAGGGAGCACGGCCAGGCCAGACUGAGUACAGUGGGAGCCAGCGGGGAGCUGCUCAUGGCGGUGGUGUCCAAAGAGCGAGUUGAGGGGAUCAAGGCCAAAGCGGCAAACGCCAGAGAGGACUGGAGGAGCUUGAUGAAUAACCUUCAGCUGAGGGAGGACGCGCUCAAGAGCUUGCGGUGUCAGAUGACGGAGUUCGAGGCCAGUGCCGAGCCACUGCAGGAAUGGUUGAAUAGCGCUGAGGUCAGAGUUCAGGAGAGCAGCGCUCGACUACACGACCUCUCGGCCAAGAAACAAGAGCUUGGCAAACUGCAGAGUGUCCUGGAAGAGAUGGCCACUCGGGAUACGGAACUGGGCCGCCUCAGGGAAAGAGCUCACGGUCUCUGGGAAGGUCAGGCGGCGGGCAAGGGCUUCCUCCAUCGAGUGUCUCAGCUGUCCGCGCAGUACUUGGCUCUCUGCAACUUGACCAAGGACAAGGCCUCCAGGAUCGAGCGUGUGGUCGGGGAGCAUCGCCUCUUCUCUCAGGGUCUUAAAGAGCUCCAGGAAUGGGUGCGCGAGGCCCAGAUUGUCCUCACCACUUGCACUUCCACCACCUCCGAUAAAGCCGUGCUGGAGGACCGAAUGGUACAGCUGGAGGCUUUGCUUGCUGCCCGCCAAGAGCGGGAGAUCCAACUAAAGAUGCUGCUUACCAGGGGGGAAGCCGUUCAGCGAAACACGUCGGCCGAGGGCGUCCCGGUCAUCCGGAAACAGAUCCAAGAUCUCAAGGACUCGUGGGACUCCCUGUUGUCUUCCUCCAUCAAAUGCAAAAGCCAGCUGGAGGGCGCCUUGUCACAGUGGACCAGCUAUCAGGAGGAUGUGGGUCAGUUUGUGCUCUGGAUGGACCGCGUCGAGGAAACACUGAGCUGCUCGGAUAGACAGUAUGCAGAGAUGAGAGACAAGACCGCAAACCUGGGAAAGACCAAGCUUUUGUUUGAAGAAGUGCUGAGUCACAGUUGUCCCCUGGAGACGAUCGCAUCAAAAGGGGCCAACAUGGCUGAACACUGCAAUACCGGGCAUGAAGUGAAGCAGCUCCAGAGUAGAUAUAGCACCCUGCAAGAAAAGGCCAAGAACGCAGUCAAUAAGGCCAAGGGGCUAGUGCUAACCCACCAGGAGUAUCAGCGAGGGCUACAUGUGUUCGAAGAUUGGCUGGAGCAGGAGCAAUCCACUCUGGCAUCGUUGUCCCAUCCAGAGGGUAACGUGGAUACACUUGAGGAAACACUGGAACAACUUCAGAUUCUACAGCAGCGCUGCUCGGACGGCCAAUCGCUGCUGUCUUCCGUGCUGAGCAGCAGAGAGCGGGUCAUUCCUUGGGGCGUACCCCAGAUCGAGGACAGAGCCCUUGACACAGCGCAGCAGGAGUGGGGGGGCUACCGGGCCCAGCUGGCAGAGACUCAGGCGCAGUUGAACUCCACCCUGACCAGAGUGAGAGAGAUGGGCCGGACCUUCCUCAGUUUGGCUCGCUGGCUUGAGGACAUGGAGAAGGAGGCCGGCUUGAGGCCGCACCGGAAGUCAGACAGAACCACGAAGGAGGCUCAGCUGAAGAAACUCAAGCUGGGUCUUGAAACGGUGCUGGCACGCCAAAGCGAAGUGGACGGCCUCUCCUCCGUGGCCCAGCAAGCUCUGCAAGAAACCGACAUCAGCGGUCGCGUCAGCGCCACGGCAACCCGACUCACUGAACGCUACCACUCCCUGCUGCUCGGCAUACAGGAGACCGUCAAGCAAUUGCAAGAGGAGCUCAAGUGUAUCAAAGAGGCUGAAAACCUUUGCGUGUCCUUUACCGAGUGGCUCGACACGACGAAGAAGAGCUUUGCAGAAGUGACCGACACUUCGGAACCUCUCGACCGCAACGCGCUGGAGAAGAAGCUGAACAAAUUAGAGAGUCUACAAGCAGAGCUCCACCAUGGCCACAGCUUCCUGAAGUCCUUGAGGGAACGGGCCGAGCAGGCUGCGAACUUCCUGAGCGAGGCCGGAGCCGAGAGUCUCGGAGUGGAGGUGGAGGCGCGUCUUUCCCAGCUGGAGGAACUGGCGGGCUGGCUGAGGACCGAACACAGCUUCCUGGAGCGUGCCUCGCUAUUGGCGAAGGAGUUCCAGGAGCGCUAUAAGGCCCAGGCCCAGUGGCUGGGGGAGACGAAGGCUUUGCUGUGCUCGCCUCCGGAACCCAAAGCCGACCUUUACCAACGGAGGGUACAGCUUACGAAGUACAAGACUCUGCUGCAGACGGUUCAGUCCCACGAUGGCUCCAUCAGGUCGGUGGUAGAGAAAGGCGACGCUCUGCUGGCAUCCGUCCAUUACCCCUCGGUCCGAGACAAAAUGAACAGGCUGCAAAAGGACUACACUGACCUCUGUAACAUGGCCAUGGCUCACGUGACGCAACUGGAGGGCCAAGUGAAGGAGCAGGAAGCGUACCUCAACGAACUGCAGGAGGUGGAGCGCUGGCUGCUACAGAUGUCCAGUAGGAUGGUGACGCCCGACCCCAGCGUGAGCCGCAGCCUGGAGGCAGCCACUCAACAACUAGCCAGGCACAAGGCCAUCAUGGAGGAGAUAGCGGGCGUUGAGGAGCGCUUGGCAAGCUUGAAGCAGUGCGGGCACCACCUGGCGAACGGCUGCGACGAGCGCGUGCAGAGUCGGCUGAGACAGCAGGUCCAUGCGCACCAGCAAGGCAUCAGAGACAGCUACUCUGCCAUCUGCAGCACGGCGCAGAGGGUAUAUCAGAGUCUGAACCAUGAGCUACAGAGACAUGUCAGUCUCCAAGACACUUUGCAGCAGUGCAAGACUUGGCUGACGUCCGCCUACCAGGAGCCAGAAACUCCCGCACUAACCCCUCUCAGCCUGGAGGAGGCCCUUCAGCAGGUGAAGCAGGAGCGGGCCCUCCAGGAGCAGGCCAGUACUUACCUUCAACUUGUGUGCUCCUCCUGCGACCUCUCACUUCUUCCGGUACAGGAGGUGGCUACUGCCAUCCAGCAGGUCAAACUCCAGAUCGAUGAGCGCAGGCUGCUCUGCGAGAAGAUCACAGACAGCUGGAGGGGCGUCGAGGAGCACAAGACAGAUCUGGAGGUGCAGCUUAGAGAAACUGAGCAGCAACUUGAGAACCUCAUCAGAUGUCCAUCAGAGCUCGAGCCCAGAAUUGCACAGAACCAGCUGGACAAAGCACAGGAGUUCCUCCAGCAGGUGAGGGAGAGGCAGUCCGAGGUAAGCCGCUUGAUCGAGACCAUCGAGCGGCUGACGGAUGGACAGGACUGCGCCGCCACGCAGGACGCGAAGAAGCUGCGCGGGAUCUCGAUGGAGAUGGCUCAUCGUGCCGAGGAGCUGGAGGCGGAGCGAGGGGAGGACAUGCAGUGCAGCGGCGAGUACCAGGAGAGCGUGGCUGCCGUCGAGGAGCUUUUCCAUCAAGUGUCCAGGGAGUGGGACUACCUCGCGAGGGCUGACACUGAAAGCACAAGGGAGCAUCUCGGAGCUCUGAGGAAGUUGUCCAGCGAUCUUGUGGAGCAACGCGCAACACUAGAAGAUCUCCGCGAGCAGAAACAAGCCAUCCUGCCUCGAAUAAGCCUGCUGGACAAGGAACUGGUCAAACAACAGGUGGCUCAUCUAGAGCAGCGCUGGGCCCAGCUUGAGUGUCUUAUCCAGCAGAAGAUCCAGGACUCCUCGCAAACCCUCGAGGAUCUGACGCAGGUGGAAACCCAGCUGAGGGACGCCCGCGAGUGGGUGGAAGAGCAACGGCCCACGCUCACCUCGGCACUGAAGACCAGCCCGCCUCCCGACCUGGCCCAGAGUUUCUUGUUCGACCACCUGAGCGUUUGCGUGGAGCUGGAGGCUCAACAGCAGCUCCUCGCUCGAGCGGUGAGCGAGGCGCAGGCCGUGGCCUCCAGGCUGGGGCUGAGUGAGAGGAAAUCCCUGCAGGAGCUUGUCAAACAAGUGCAGACUGAACUGGAGGCGUUGGAGGCUCGGGUGACCCAAAGGAGAAAGUAUCUCAGCAAGGCCUUCACCGAAAGGACACAGUUCCUUCAGGGUCUUAGCCGUGCCCUCUCUUGGGUAGAAGAACAGGAGAGCAAGGCUCUGAUACAUGACCACAUUGCGCUCCUCCCGGAAGACCUAGCGAAAGAGGCGGCCGCCUGUCGGAACAUCCAGAGCGCCCUUCGGGCCUACCAGAGGGAGCUGGCAUCUCUCUGGGUUCAAGGUCGGGAACUGGAGAGGGACGCCACGGACAAAGAGCGAGAAGAAACCCUGGCAAAGCUCCAGGAGCUGCAGGCGGUCUUCGAAAUGGCCCUCCAGAGAACCAGCCGGCGUGUCACAACCUUGGAAAAAGCCUUGACCUCCAGGAAGUACUUCCAGGUUGACCUGAACAAAACUUGUCAGUGGCUCAGGCAAGCGGAAUCCAUCACCUUCCCUGAAAUCAACCUCAGCGACAUUGAGGACAGCUCGCAGAUGCAAGAGCAUCUUUCCGCCUUUCAAAAAGUUUUGGAGCAAGCGUCGGAGAACGAGAACCUCCUUCUGAUAGUGCAGAGGAUAGGCCAGGAGAUCCUUCCCACUCUAAACGAGAUCGACCACUGCUACCUGGACGAGCGGCUCAACGCCCUCCCGCAACAGUACAACAGCAUCCUGGCCCUCGCCAAAGAGAAAAAAGACAGGCUCCAGCAAUUAAUCCUCGAGCGGAAGGAAUUCUGCACUUCUUUGGAGGUGACUCGAAACACCGUGGAGAGACUACGGGAGCAGUUUGACAAUCUGGAGAAGACGACUAUCAGUACAAGUGAAGAGGAGCUUGUUCGCUUAAUGAAUGACUAUCGCAAAAUCGGUGAAAGUUUAGAGCACAUCGGCAGCGCAGUACGAGAAGUUCACGGUAAAAACGAGGGCUUUCUCUGUCUGGGCCACGCGUUCAGAGUUGAGGAAACACGUCAACUGCUCCAUCUUCACAGUAUGUUAAAAAGUGGAACCAGUAAGACUCUUAAACAUUUGGAUGAGGCCUUAAAAACAUUAGCGGAGCAUAACAUAUUAUUGAACGGCUUUGACCAGCAACUUCAGUCCACCAAAGACAAUCUGAAUACACUCAGGUUGGACAAAGAAAUGAAUCUCAUCGAUAAAAUUGCAUCUCUUUACGCCUUACUCGAACGUCUGGGUGCUGUUUCCUCUCAGGCCAACGAACGUAGCCAACAAAUGGACGACAAUCUCGGCUUGAGGUUUGACCCGGCCGCCUUGCGGGAAAUGACAGCCCGGCAUGAAUCGCUGCAGUCUUUACGCUCGGAUGUGCAACGCUGUGUCGAAGAAAACCAAAAUGACAUCACGCAAUGCGACGACCUUAUGAGAGAAACGGAAAAGACGUCAGAAUGGCUGAAUGCUGUAAAAGAGACUCUGAGGGAACCACUGAGCUUAACAGAAGCCAAAGUUGUGAAGGUGCAGGAGAAAAUGCGCAAAGUGAGCGUCGCGGAAGGAGAAGCGCAGAGUAGAUUGAAGAUAAUCGAUGCCUUGUUUCGUCGAGAGGAGCAAAUGUUUCACAGCAGAAAGGAAACUAUUCCAGUCCAUGUUGCGCAGAAACUGGAGGAGCUGAGGACACUGGCAGCUGAAGUCCAAAAGGAAAUUAGCAUCAAACAGGUGACACUGGAUCAAGCUCUAAGUCUGGUCCGGAGGUAUCGCUCAUCGCUGCAGUCCAUGCAGAAAUGUCUGGAUUGCGCAGCUGAUUUCCUUCAGCGUACGACCGUAGUCGGCAUGGAGCUCAAGCAUAACGCGGACCGGAUACCGAACCUGGAAGAAAUCAACACUCAGGAGAAGAACCUCAUGGCUGUCUUGGAGGAGAUGAUGACUCGGGAGCUCCUUGAGGACACUCGGGUGAUGAGCGAACUCAGAGGAGAAAUUGAAGCCGCGCAACGGAGGAGCACGGAAAUCAGACAGCAGAUGGAGGCCAGCAGGGAAGUCCACGAAAGAUGUGCAUCUCUCUGGGCUUCAUUCCAACACGAAAGAGAGAGUCUUGUCGAUCAGAUGAAUGACGCAGAAAGCAAGAUGGCCAUGUUCACCACGGCGAAAGCUGACAAUCUCCAGCAGGCGGAAGACAAGUGUGACCGAUACAAGCCUUUGGUCACUCAGGCCGACCUGCAGGAAUUAACCCUCAACUCUCUGAAGGAGAAGGCAGUCGAGUUAGAACGGCUCGUCGCCGACACCGACGUGGCCGUGAUCACUUGUGCGCUCUCGUCGUUAUGGCGACGCUGGAGUAGGCUUCGCGGCGUGGCAAGAGCCCAGGAGAGGGCUCUGGAGGACACUGCGCAGGAAUGGAGAAACAUCACAGAGAAGAUGGACAAAGUCCGCUCUGUCUCGAUGGACCUCCGCCGCCGCAUCCCCGACAGCACCGUGGAGAAGGCGGCCACCAGGGCGGCGCUCCAGACCCUCCUGGAGUACCAUGACUCUUUCGUCUUGGAGGUGGAAAGGGAGCAGUCGAUCCUGGCUCUGCUCGCUCAGCACAUCCACCGCCUGAGAGGAGAUGAGGAUCAGGAAGUAGCAUUGCAGAGGAAGAUUGAGAAUGGCCACCAGGAAUCACAGUGCAUGCGAGAGAUCAAAUGCUUACAAGAACAGUAUGAAAGCCUCGUGUCUCAGGUUCGGGGCAGCAGGGUGCAGGUGCAACAGGAGUUGAGAGAAAGAGAAGAGGUGGAGAGGGAGCUCAGCUCGGUCAAAGAUUGGAUUCAAGACACUCGAGGCUUGCUCCUGAGCCCCACCGCGGACCUCGACACGCUGUUACAAGAGCUGGAGACCGCUCACGGCGGGGUCAUCAGCAGACGUCAGAGCGUGGAGCGCAUGACGGAGAUGCAGCAGUCCAAGUACCACGACUUGCAGGCCGGUCUCCCGUCGGAGCUCAGCAUGCAGCUGGCUGAGGUGACCCUGGCUCUGGGCUCCGCUGAAGACCAGGUCCAAGCCAGAGAACGGGAGGUGCAGCAGACGCGAGACGUGAAGGAGGACUUCAGCUGCAGACUGAAGGACAUGGAGAGCAAGCUGAAGAGCAUCACGUUGAGGUUUGAAAUCAAGGGCGCCAGUCUGGAGGAGGCCAAAGAGGAGAACAGGAUUCUCCGUGAGGAGUGCGAGUGUUGCGCUCACACCUUGGCCGAGCUAGCGGUUGCCGUGCAGGAGUUCGGCGAGCAGAAUCCCCUGCUGUGCAAGCAGCUGGGUGACGUCGUGGCCAAAAUGGCCGAAGCACAGCGUCAUGUCACGCAGCAGGUCCAGGACAGAAGCAACAGACUAAAAAGGGCAGAGAAGCAGCUGGCAGACUAUCAAAGCGUGAAGGAAUUUAUUUUGAGUUGGGUGGAAAAAGCGGAGUCUCUCCUCUCUGGUAGCGUUGUCUGGAGUCCAAUAUCGCAGCUACAAGAGCAAAUUCGAGCAUAUCAGGUGUUGCUGAGGGAGUGUCGCGGUCUCCAUGGCGACCUGGAGGCCCUGGCAGAGUGGGAGGCGCAAUUGGGGGAUGUGCUGGCGACCAAAGGGUGGAGUCAGCAGGUGAAGCAGCUCAGUGCACGCACAGAGGAGCUGCAGCUGGCGGUUAAGACUCGCCUGCAGAAUCUUCAGGAUGCUGUGAAGGACAUAUCGCACUUGGAAGCCGAGGUGAAGAGUCUCCACGCCACGGUGGACCAGGUCCAAGUCACCCUGGCCUCCCCCGAUCUCAACCGGCUCAGCCUGAGAGAGCAACUCACACAGAGACAACGUUUACUGGCCGAGAUGGACGGCUUCAAGCGGCAGGUGACGGCCGUGCAACGGUGCCAGAGCGCCCUCCGACUUCCAGAGGAGGUGGUAGCCGGUCUGGCCGUCUGCCGCGCAGCGCAGAGCCUGCAGCAGGAAACCAGCCAGCUGCAGCACACCACCAUCCAGCAGUGCAACAUCCUGCAGGAGGCUGUGGUGCAGUAUGAGCAGUAUGAGCUGGAGGUGAAGAACCUGCAGAGGUUAAUAGAAGACGCCCACCGGAUUAUUCAGGACCGGCCCGUCUGCACCAGCAACAUUCAAGAACUUCAGGCACAGAUCCACCAUCAUGAGGAGCUGGCCCAGAAGAUCCACGGCUACCAGGAGCAGAUCGCCUCUCUCCAUUCCAAGUGCAAGAUGCUAACGGUGAAGGCCAAGCAUGCCACCAUGCUGCUGACGGUCAGCGAGGCGGACGGCCUCUCCGACGAGCUGAGUGACGACGACAUGCCCGGCGCCGGAGGAGCCGGCGACAAGGAGCUUCCUGCGCACCCCUCGGUCGUCAUGAUGACGGCAGGCCGCUGCCACACGCUCCUCUCCCCUGUGACCGAGGAGUCAGGGGAGGAGGGCACCAACAGCGAGGUCUCCUCUCCCCCUGCUUGCCGCUCCCCCUCCCCUGGGGCUAACGCCGAUGCUCCUCCUAACCAGGGUCGAGGUGGUCUGAGUCGAACUGCCCUCCAGGAGCUCUACGACCCAUCUUUGGAAACCGGGACCGCCAACCUGGAUGACCUCCAGAGAUCCUGGGAAACUCUCAAGAAUGUGAUAAGCGAGAAGCAAAAGAGUCUGUAUGAAGCCCUGGAGCGACAGCAGCACUACCAGGAGUCUCUGCAGUCCAUUUCCACCAAGAUGGAGUCUAUCGAGGCGGCGCUCGGCGAAGGCCUGGAGCCCAGCAAGAGCCCCGAGAGCCAGAUGGCGACACAUCAGGCUCUGAUGGACGAGAUCCUGAUGCUGCAGGACGAGAUUGGCGAGCUGCAGACGUGCUUCUCAGAGGAGCUGGCGGACGGCAACGGCGAGCCCGCCCACCAGCUGGCACUGCGGUCCACCCUUACCGUGCUGGGAGAGAGAAUGGCCACCAUCAGGAUGAAGGCCUCCGGGAAACGGCAACUGUUGGAGGAGAAGCUCAGCGAGCAGCUGGAGGAGCAGCGUCAGGAGCAGGCGUUGCAGCGGUUCCACAGCGAGGCCGAGGAGCUGGACCACUGGCUGCUCAGCACCCGCGCCACCCUCAGCUCGGCGCUUCACCUUCAAAGCGAAGACCUCGACAUGGAGGAGCAGCUCAUUGACUGCCAGAACAUGCUGUUGGAGAUCGAGCAGAAGGUGUCGUAUCUCUCCGAGUUGUCGGUGCACAGCGAGAGCUUGCUCCUGGAGGGCCGAGCCGAGACCAAGAGCGAGGCGGAGCAGCUCACCGUCAAGCUCCACUCCUUGAAAGACAGCCUGCUGGAGCUCCAACAGAUGCUGCAGGAUAAACAGGUGGACAUACAGGGUUCAUUGCAGGAGCAGGAUGACAGCGAGCCGGACUCGUCGCUUUCGCAGAGCCCCAACGUGCAGGAUUGGCUGUCCCAGGCUCGCUCUUCGCGCACCCAGCAGCAUCAUGACAACCUUCUCCAACAGAGGGAGCUGCAGCAGCAUGUAGCAGAGCAGAGGAGGUUGCUUGAGUCAGUCGCCAGUGUUGGCGAAGACUUACGCAAUCAACAGAUCACAUCCAAUGGGGAUAGUGAGGUUUCUCUUCCUGUGGGAGUGUUGCUGGAUACAGAGAGCUUGUCUCACGGAGACCGCUCGAGACAACGUUGGGAGAACCUGAACAAAGACCAGAGCACAAAGCUGCAGCUCUCGCUCAACACAUUGGAACAGGAUCAAUUUAGCCCGAUCAUCCACCGGUCCCGUCUGACCAGUCCCAGCCUGGUGUUCAGAGGCGAGUCCACCAGCCAGGACUCUCGCUCGCCGACAGCUUUAUUUGAGGCCUGCAGCCAAGCUCUAGAAAGAAUCACCAAAGAGGCAGAAAGCGGCGAGCAGAAGAUGGCGCUCUCCUCAUGUGAGAUGGCUCUCCAACAGAAUCUGUAUACCGCAGCGUCGGCCGCCUCCGCCUGGUUGGACGCCGCUGAGAACGAGAUGCUCUCGGGCCCCGUGCUGUUGUCUGAAGACACGGAGACACAGCUCACACAUUUAGAGUGCACCAGUAAACACCUGAAGGACAUGAGCAGAGAGGUGAACCAGUGCAGAGAUCUAAUGGGUGGAGUGGCGGGGCGGCUGUGCGGAGGGGAGGAGCGAGCCUUGAUGGAGGACACCCUGGAAGGUCUGCAGGAGAGGAUGGGCUUGCUGGACUCCACCCUUGAACAGCAAUGCGACACCAUGAGGGACAGACUCCAGGAGCACUUAAACUUCCAGAAUGAACUCCGAAUGCUGUUCACAGCUUUGAGCGAGAGUAAACACCUGCUGCUCCAGAAGAUAGCCGCCACGGUGGACAGACCUGCGGCCAAGCAGAUCGAGACUUUAUCAGAGGUGGAGGACAGUUUGAAGGAGUUUGAGCAGAGAGUGACCGAGCUGAAGACCAAAGCUGAAGGGCUCCAAUCUGACCGACUCUCCCAUCAGGAACUCCUCAAACUACAGGACGCAUAUGAAGAGCUGCUGCUGAUGGUGGGCUCCAGAGGUAGCGGCCUGAACCGAGCCCUCUCCCUCAAGGCUCAGUACGAGGCGGCGCUCCGAGACCUCACAGACCUGGUGGACACGGCCCAGGACAAGAUUGCCGCCGACCAGAAAAUGACAGUCGCCUCGGUCACCGAGGUCCAAAUGUUACUGGAUAAACACAAAGAGUUCUUCCAGUCUCUUGAAUGCCACAUGAUCCUCACUCAGACCUUCUACCGCAAAGUGUCUGGCUUGGUGGCGCCCCGAGAAAGCCAGGCGCUUGAGGAGACCAUGUCUUUAGCUCAGAGUGUCCUCAAACAGGCCCACAGGAGGGGGGUGGAGCUGGAGGGCAUUCUGGAGUCAUGGAGCAGGCUUGUGGAAGACUACCAGGCUCUGUGUAGACAGCUGGAGGCCAUCGAGUGCAGCAUCCCCACGGCAGGCUUGGUGGAGGAGACCGAGGAGAGACUCUUUGAGAGGAUCGGUCUCUACCAGCGUUUGAAGGCCAGUCUGACCGAGCAUCAGCCCCAACUGUAUCAGGUACUGGAGGAAGGCAAGAGGCUGCUUCUGUCUGUCAGCUGUUUAGACUUGGACCGCCAGCUGACUCAGUUGGGGGAACACUGGCUGUUGUCCACGACCAAAGUGAACAAGGAGCUGCACCGCUUCGACUCCACCCUCAAACACUGGAGCAGGUACCAAAGAGAGUCUGCAGAAUUAAGCCACUGGUUGCAGUUGGCUCUGGAAAGACUUGAAUUUUGGACCGCGCAGUCGGUCACCGUGCCUCAGGAACUCGAGACUGUCAGGGAUCACCUUUGUGCCUUUCUGGAGUUUUCCAAGGAGGUGGAUGCCAAGUCGUCAUUGCGUUCCUCCGUCCUGAGCACGGGCAACCAGCUGCUGAGACUGAAGCGGGUGGACACGGCUACUCUGAGGACAGCCCUGGGCCACGUCGACACUCAGUGGGCCGAGCUGCUCACUCGCAUUCCCGUCGUCCAAGAGAAGCUCCAUCAGCUGCAAAUGGAGAAGCUGGCGUCACGACACGCCAUCGCCGAGCUCAUCAGCUGGAUCACGCUCAUGGAGAACAUCAUUAACGAAGACCAGGACCAAAUCGCCGGGGCUGUGGGCUCAGAGGUGGUCCAGAACUUCUUGCAAAAGUACAAGGGGUUCCGCAUCGACCUGACCUGCAAACAGCUGACUGUGGACUUUGUCAAUCAGUCGGUAUUGCAGAUCAGCAGUCAGGACGUGGAGGCAAAGCGCAGCGACAAAACCGACUUUGCCGAGAGCCUUGGAGCUAUGAACAGACGUUGGCAGAUACUACAGGGGCUCAUCACAGAAAAGAUUCGGCAUUUAGAAGGACUUUUGGGAAGUUGGCUCGAGCACGAGAAUGGAGUCCAAGCCUUGAAAACAUGGCUGACACUCCAGGAGGAGAAACUGAAGAAGAGACACAGGAUAGAGGAUGUCGCAUCUGUGCAGAAUGCACUGAAAGAUUGCCAGGAGUUGGAGGAACUGGUGAAGGAGAAAGAGAAGGAUCUGGAGAAGGCCGAGGAACGAGGCAACGCUCUCAUCCAGGAUAAGAAAGGAGAAGCGUGCGCUGUUGUCAAGGAGACCCUCAAAGGUCUCAAGAAAUCCUGGGCUCAUUUGGACCACAUGAUAAAUCAGAUGAAGGUGAGCCUGCGUUCGGUCUUGGAAAAAUGGACCUUAUACAGGCGUGUCGCAGAAGAGAUAGAUGGCUACCUGAUGGAGGGCAGGUACUGUGUCUCCCGACUGCCCCUCAUAAGUGGCUCCCUGGAGGCUGUGCACCAGCAGGUGGAGAGUCUGGAGAACCUGCAAGAGGAGAUGGACAAGCAGGAGAGCAGUCUACUCAAGUUUGGCUCCGUAACCCAACAGCUCCUCACCGAAUGCCACCCGUGUGUGGCGGAAACACUCACUCGAGCCCAGCGGGAUGUCAACAUGAGGUGGAACGAUCUAUUAGAGCAGAUCUCGGAGCAGCUGAGGAGCAGUAAGGCCUUGCUGGGGCUGUGGCAGCAAUACACAGAAUUAUUUGGCACUUGUGUGAAAGCCGUGGAGAGGCAGGAGGAACGUGUGGACCGCCUGCUCAAAAGCGCCACCGACAGGGACAUCACAGAAGAGGAGAGCAGCGCCUGGAUAAAGGGCUGUGACGAGUGUCUCGGUGAGCAGGAAUCGGUACAGCGUUUACUGCUGCAGCUGCAAAAUUUGGGAGAGCAGCUGAGGAGCCAAGUGGACGCCGACUCGUUUGCCGCCCUGCAUUCGGACCACAUGUCGCUGACGCAUCGAUUGUCGACGCUGCCGCUCUCCCUACACAGGCAGCAGGAGGCGCUGCAGUGUGGAAGUCGGGCCUGUGAGGGCUUCAGGGACCAAUUGGACGCACUCAUUCAAACAGACGCUGAGGCUGCGAAAGUGUUGAAGGAGUGCGAGCAGCUCGGCUCGCCGGCGCUGAGUGACAUCCAAACACGGAUGGACAAACUAAAGGCUCCCUUGUCCAAGCUAAGCAGUCUGUCUCCAGACUUGGAGCGUGUCAAUGUCCUCAUGUACCGACUGCCGGUUAGCGACGGAGACUUGAAGCGUCUGCAGCGUCUGAACAGAUCGUGGGCGUCUCACUCUGCUCUCCUCAGCGAGAGGUUCAGUAAACUGCAGGCAGCGCUGCUCCUGCACCAGACGUUCCUGCAGAAGUGCGAAGCCUGGAUGGACUUUCUGUCUCAGGCGGAGAACAAACUGGCCGUCGAGAUAACGGGCAACUACCAGAGUCUGCUGGAGCAGCAGAAAGAUCACGAGUUGUUCCAGGCUGAAAUGUUCAGCCAACAGCAGAUUCUUUACUCCAUUGUCAGCGAUGGGCAUAAUAUGCUAGAUCAAGGACAAGUGGAUGAUGGAGAAGACUUCAGUGUGAAUCUGGCCUUGCUGGCCAAUCAGUGGCAAGGCGUGGUGAGGCGUGCCCAGCAGCGCAGGGGCAUCAUUGACAGUCUGCUCCAUCAGUGGCACAGCUACCACGAGAUGUUUGAAAAACUGCUGCGCUGGCUCCAGGAUGUGUCACGUGAGCUGGACGCGCAUCACCCGGGAGGAGAAAGUGUCGCACUGCAGCAGGCCAGGAAUCUGCUGGAUCAAAUACAGACUCCCUUAGCUAACCUCUACCCCCUCGGUCCACUCUCCCUGUCCCGGCUGCUGCAGCUGCGCGAGCGUGUACUCAAGAGGCAGCAGGGAGUCUACAUCGUGACGGUGGAGGCCGGCAGAAGCUUACUGCUGUCGGCCGACACUCAGGCCGAGUCCACGCUACAGACGGAGCUGAUGGAGAUUCAGGAGAGGUGGAGGCACGCCCACCACCGCCUAGACCAGCAGAGGAAGGAGCUGCUUGCUCUACUCAAGAAUUGGGAGCGGUGCGAGGAAGGCAUCAACGCCUCGCUGGAGAAGCUGCGGGCCUUCAAGAGGAAGCUGUCGGCGCCGCUGCCCGACCGUCACGAUGAGCUGCACGCCGAGCAGAUGAGAUGCAAGGAGCUGGAGAGCGCCGUGGAAGGCUGGAGCGGUGACCUCACUUCCUUGUUCCUCCUGAGGGAUGCCCUGGUGGGCGUGGUCGGCAGCGAUGACAUCACGCUCCUCCAGGAGCGCCUCCAGCUUCUCCAGCGCCAGUGGGAAGAAGUGUGCCACCAGGUUUCGCUGCGCAGGCAGCAGGUCAGCGAGAAGUUGAACGAAUGGGCCGUGUUCAACGAGAAGAACAAGGAGCUGUGCGAGUGGCUCACGCAGAUGGAGAGCAAAGUCUCUCAAAAUGGAGACAUCAGCAUUGAGGAGAUGAUCGAAAAGCUGCGCAAGGACUACCAGGAGGAAAUCAGUGUCGCUCAGGAGAACAAGCAGCAGCUGCAGCUCAUGGGCCAGCGCUUGGCCCAGGCCAGCCAGGACAGCAAAGCAGCCGACAUACGACACAAACUCAAUAAAGUCAGCGAGCGGUGGACGCACCUCCUCGACCUCAUUGCAGCCAGGUUGAAGAAAUUGCGGGAGACUCUGGUGGCCGUGCAACAGCUGGAGAAAAACAUGAGCAGCCUGCGCUCUUGGCUGGCUCACAUCGAGUCCGAGUUAUCCAGGCCCAUUGUCUAUGACACGUGUGACGAGCAGGAGAUCCACAGGAAGCUCAACCAGCAGCAGGAGCUGCAGAAGGACAUUGAGAGGCACAGCACGGGCGUGGCGUCCGUGUUGAACCUGUGCGAGGUGCUCCUUCACGACUGCGACGCAUGCUCCACCGAGACAGAGUGCGAUUCCAUCCAGCUGGCCACCCGGGGGCUGGACCGGCGCUGGAGGAACAUCUGCGCCAUGUCCAUGGAGAGGAGGCUGAAGAUUGAGGAGACUUGGAGGUUAUGGCAGAAGUUUUUGGAUGAUUACUCCCGCUUUGAGGAGUGGUUGAAGACUUCGGAGAGAACGGCAGCUAUGCCCAACUCUUCUGGAGUCCUCUAUACUGUUGCCAAAGAGGAACUCAAGAAGUUUGAGGCUUUCCAACGGCAAGUGCAGGAGCGCUUGACCCAGCUGGAGCUGAUCAACAAGCAGUACCGCCGCCUGGCCCGUGAGAACCGCACAGAUGCCUCCUGCUGUCUGAGGGAGAUGGUGCAUGAUGGGAACAGGAGGUGGGACAACCUGCAGAAGCGGGUGGCCGCUAUCUUACGCCGUCUUAAGCACUUCAUCAACCAGCGGGAGGAGUUUGAGACCGCUCGAGACAGCAUCCUUGUGUGGCUGACCGAGAUGGAUCUUCAACUCACCAACAUUGAGCACUUCUCCGAGUGCGACGUACAGGCCAAGAUUAAACAACUCAAGGCAUUCCAGCAGGAGAUCCACUUGAACAUGGGCAAGAUCGAGCUUGUGUUCAGGCAGGGUGACGCUCUGAUCGAGAAGAGCGAACCUCUCGAUGCUGCUGUGAUCGAAGAGGAGCUGGAGGAGCUGCAGAGGUAUUACCAGGAGGUCUUCGGACGUGUCAAUAGAUACUACAAGAAGCUGACACGUUUUCCUCUGGCAGACGAUGAGCUGGAUGGUUCCGACACGGAGUACGGCACCGACCUGUCCGUGCUGCAGUGGUCCGACUCGACGCCCCCUCGCAACUCCAGUCGCGCGGCCACCCUCAUUCGGGCAGAACACUCGGGCCGGGAGACCCCGGCCAGCGUGGAUUCCAUCCCGUUGGAGUGGGACCACGAUUACGACCUGAGCCGGGGUCUGGAGAGCCCGGGGGGACGCAACCAAGGGCAAGAGGAAGAGGAGUAUCUGAGGACGGCUACUGCAGUGCUGUCAGACGUAGUUAUUCCCGAGAGUCCUGAGGCCUAUAUAAAACUGACUGAGAACACAUUGAAAUCGUCCUCCGGCGAUCCGGGACAGCUGGAGGCCAGCCUCAGACAACUGGACCAGGCUCUGGACGCGUCACGGUACCAGCUGCAGGCCAGAGAGGAGGCCGCCAGCCGCUCCAGCCCCGACGCUGACUCCACCUAUAUGGGCUAUAUGCGUCUGAUGGGAGAGUGUCGCGGCAGCAUCAAUGCGGUGAAGAGAGCCGAGGAAGAGCUCACGGAGGACGAAGAUGAAAUGCCCGGACUCACCAACCCGACCAGCGCUGACAGUCAGAAUGCAGGCGUAAUCGAGCGCUGGGAGCUGCUGCAGGCUCAGACAAUGAGUGACAAGCACAAACACAAGCAGAACCUCCAGCAGUGGCAGCAGCUCAUCUCGGACCUGCAGACCAUGCGUGCAUGGCUGGGCCGCUGCGAAGCCGAACUGGGCCAACUGCGAGGCCUGGAGCUCAGCACGGACAUCCACGACAUCCAGCAGAGGAUCAAAAAGCUACGGGAGCUUCAGAAGGGCAUGGAAACCCACAAGUCGGAGGUCCUGUCCAUCAACUUGAGCAGCGCCAACUUCCUUCAGUCGGAACCCGACUCCGAGGAGGCAUGGGAGCUGCGAGAUGCCCUGAAAGAGAUGAACGCGCACUGGGAUCGCCUGGGUACUUCGCUGGAGGAGUGGAGGGAGGAGCUGCAGAGAGCGCUCAUGCAGUGCCAGGAGUUCCACGAGAUGAGUCAUGGUCUGCUUCUGUGGUUGGAGAACAUUGACCGCAGGAGGAACGAGGUGGUGCCCAUCCCUCCCAACCUGAACGCGCAAGCCCUGCGCGCUCGUCACAGGACACUCACGCAAAUCAAGCGCGAGUUGCUGGACUCGCAGCAGAAAGUGUCUUCCCUCCAGGAGCUGUCGGCUCAGCUGCUGGUCAGCACGGCGCAGCCUCCGGCGGCGCCCCUGCACAGCUCUCCGGGCGGAGAGUGUCUGGAGGCGCAGGAGAAGGUGCACGUGAUCUGGAACAGGCUACGUCUGCUGCUGCGUGAGGUCGACGCCGACCUGGAAGGGCUUCAGAAACGACUGGAGCGCCAGAGUCCGCAACAGGAAUUCUCACCGAUGUCUGAAUCGGACAUCGCCGCCGUCUCUGCGGCGGGUCCGAUUCUUUCUGCUGUGUCUGCCGCCUCCGAGUCAAGUUUGCGACCAAUGCCCCGAGGCAAAAGUAGUCAGGCCCAGCCCGGAUCCCCCGAGAGCGGCCCGCGCCACAGCCGCAGGAGGUCACCCACCGGCGCCGCUGGCUGCGUUUCCUCCCGUUCUGACCUUUUGGACGGCGUCUCGUCGUCGUCCUCCCCCUCCUCCAAGCAGCCGUCUUUCAUGCAGAGGGUCCUGCGCGCGGCAUUGCCCGUGCAUCUUCUACUCCUGCUCCUCAUCGCCUUGGCCUGCAUGGUGCCCAUGAGCCAGGAGGACUACAGCUGUCACCAUGCCAACAACUUCGCCCGCUCCUUCCACCCCAUGCUUCGCUACACCAAUGGACCUCCGCCCAUAUAGCUGCUUUUUUUUUUUUUUUUUUCCUCGCUCUCACUUUGCCAAGGACUCCUGUGAAUGUGCCCUUUUCACCCCGUGCCCUACACCAACAAUAUAUUAUGACCAGGACGUGAGACAAAUAUGUCACCGUCUCUCUAAGGCGUACAAAUGAACCUUUGUGAAAUAUUUUUUAUUUGUUAAAUGUGUAGAUAUAAAUAAUUAUGAGGGUUUUUCUUUGGUUUUGUGUUUUUCAAUGAGGAGAAAGAAAGCACUAUUUAUAUACACUCAGUGGGAGCCAAAGUCGUCUACUAUUCCCAGUGCUGCUAUUAUUUAUGUUCAACUAUGAAGAUUAUUAAUAAAUAAACAGCACAAGGAAACAGACGCUUGGAAAUACAAAGAACAAAAACGUGACUCUAAUCACAUUGAGUUCAUUGACGUUUACGGUGUGAAAUGACAUAUGUUUAAAAUAAAUAAAUACACGUUUGUGACACUUCCGGGAUGAAAAUACCGGGAAGAUGAUUCGCUUCCGAGAAUAAACACCCGGAUGUGACGGCCGCUUUCAUUACUAGCCCGUGCUAGGCUUAGUCGAUGAAUUGGCCGGAAACAAAUAAUUAGUUAUUGAGCGCUAAACGUGAAAUUUAAUUCGUCUGUGUUCAGUUCUCCGUCAUUCUUAUUCACUUUGUUUUUUUCUUUGAAGAAGCGUCAGAGCACUGGCUGUGUGAAAGGUACUGCACUGACGAACUGAAAAGCCGUAGUUUGAGCUAAAACGGCUGAUUUAUCCCCGCCAAAUGCCAAGGCUUGUUUUCCUGUGUUACUUUUUUUCAUGCUCUGUAUUUAAUCAUUUGGACUAAUUGUGAUGAUUUUAAUGACCACUUGUCCGAAAUAUACGUAUAUAUUUUUUAAUCUUUGUGUAUGCGCAUGCACUUGAUACUCCCCAAAGCCAAACAAUCACUGGUUGUGAAGCUAAUAAUGAUAAUGUGCUUUUAUUCUCGUCAUGCUAAUUAUUAUUCCUGAGCGAUCGGUACAAACCACACGAUGUAAAGAAAAAAAAAAAGAAAUUUGUUAUUUAUGUUUGUACAGUUUGCUAAUACUGAAUACUCUUUGCAAAUAAUAAAACCUGAAAUAUUAA